AUGCCAUCAGAUACGGUAAAAAGCUUUGUGGGGAAAAAACCUAGUAAGUGGAGCUUACGUUGCCAGACUGCUGCGCUACGUGGUUGCUAUGUGGUGGCUAGCGCCCUUGGUUACCCCCCCCCCCCCAUAAUGCAUCACCUCUUGGAGAGCUUUGGAGGUAACAUUCGGAACGCAGACUUGUUAAUAUGAUGUAAAUUAGCGCCACAGUAGGAAAUAAAUGCUAUAAAAGCGAACGGUUCUCUUAGCUCUGUAUAAUCAAAUGAACAGAAAAGAGAAACCUUAGCAUCGGCCGCUGUUGUAAGGUGUAUGGAUACAUACCGGAGUCAACUUUGUGGAGUAAAGAUAAUAUAUAAUGGAGAAGGAACCGUAUAAUUCCGUGGCCUUCAAUGCUUCAAAAAGAGAACUUUUUAUCACGAACAAUGGAUUGAAAUCCAUGCAGAAGAGACUACGGGCUCAAUGGAAAAUCCAGAGUAUGAAAGAAGAGCUGACUGUGGAGAAGCUGAAAGGUGUCAAGUUGUGGAUAACCGCAGGCCCACGGGAGAAGUUCACAGCAUCAGAGCUGGAGGUACUGAAGCACUACCUGGAUGGAGGAGGAAACGUCCUGGUCAUGCUCGGUGAAGGAGGAGAAAUUAAAUAUGACACCAACAUCAACUUUCUCCUGGAGGAGUUUGGAAUUAUGGUUAACAACGAUGCUGUUGUGAGGAAUGUGUAUUACAAAUACUUCCAUCCUAAGGAGGCGCUUGUGUCCAAUGGUGUAUUGAACAGAGAGAUCAGUCGGGCUGCUGGCAAAGUGGUUACAGGAAUCAUUGAAGACGAAAACAUUGGAAACAAUGCACAGGCUCUCACAUUUGUGUACCCAUAUGGUGCCACACUGAGUGUGAUGAAGCCUGCUGUGGCUGUUCUUUCAACUGGCUCAGUCUGCUUCCCCCUCAACAGGCCUGUCCUGGCCUUCUAUCAAGGAAAGGAGGCUGGCAAACUGGUUGUGCUGGGUUCCUGCCACAUGUUCAGUGACCAAUACAUAGACAAAGAAGAGAACAGUAAAAUCAUGGAUGUCGUGCUCCAGUGGCUCAUGACUGAUAAUAUUCAGCUGAACCAGAUUGAUGCAGAAGACCCAGAGAUAACAGAUUACACCAUGUUGCCAGACACAGGGUGCUUGUCAGAACAGCUCAGAGUGUGUUUACAAGAGGGUGACGAAAACCCCAGGGACUUUACCUCUCUCUUUGAUAUGUCUUUGUUCAAUUUGUCAACCGACGCUUUACCUCAAGUCCUCGGCGCUUACAAGCAGUUAAAUGUCAAAGACGAGCCACUUCAGCUGAUCACACCACAGUUUGAGACCCCUCUGCCUCAGCUUCAACCUGCUGUCUUUCCACCUGCUUUAAGUGAUUUGCCUCCACCCAUGCUGGACCUGUUCGAUCUAGAUGAAAUGUUCUCUUCUGAGAAAGUGCGUCUAGCACAGCUCACCAAUAAAUGUACAGACGACGAUCUUGAAUUCUACGUGCGGAAAUGUGGUGAAAUUCUGGGUGUGACGCCAAAGUUGGAUAAAGAUCAGAGGGAUGCCAAGCAUAUCUUGGAACACAUUUUCUUUCAGGUUGUAGAGUUCAAGAAACUUAAUCAGGAGCAUGACGUCGACACUGAGGCACAAUUCACUCCUUUGUGAUUGUAUUCAAGCAACAUGUUUAAUAUUUUCAACAUACUGUACCAUGAACAAGCAGAUGUGAGUAAUCUAGAUAUCUCUUAAGUAAAGCAGAAGGUAGAGAGACCUAAUAGUUGUGGACUUGGCAGUAUCAACAUGGUAUCAUUGUAUUUAUAAAUGUAUAUAAAUUUGUUUAUACCUCUUUUGUAUCUCAUUGUUUAAAAAUGUUAAAUUGUUUAAAAAAAAACCACACUUGAGCAAAAUAAAGUCUGACACUUUUAUUUAAAUAUUCAAACCUUUUACAUUUAAAAAAAACAAAACAAAACAAACAUUGUUAUAGGUAAAUGGAGCCCUCUGCAAAAGUCCU